AUGUUUCUGAUUCCGACGCCGCGGCCGUACCCAGAGGAGCUUAAGCAGAUCGACAUCUGCGGGCUGGGUCCGCUCCGCGUCUCCUCCGCGCUGUAUGCCGCAGGCCUCCUGAAGGGCGGCAAGGUCGUGAUAAUCAGCAGCCAGGCUGGUUCUGUAGAAUGGCGAAAGACCCAGAAUGCUGGCGAGGGCGGAGAUUAUGGGCAUCACAUGAGUCGGGCGGCGUGUAACAUCGCGGGGGUCCUCAUGUCCGAGGAGCUCAAGCCGGCGGGUAUCCCUGUGGUGUUGCUCCAUCCAGGGUUCAACCGCACAGACAUGACCUCGAAGUAUAGCGACAUUUGGGACAUAGAGGGUGCCGUGGAUGCCAGCGAGGGCGCCAAGCGCGUGCUGCACGAGGUCAAGGGUGUCUCGAUGGAGACCACUGGCACGUUCAUCAAUUGCGAGGACGGUCUUCAGAUCCCGUGGUGA